CUUUGUGUGGGACUAAAAAUAGCAAUGGAUCCACUUACUCCACAUUUGUUAAGUUAAAAACGCCCGCUUUACCUCUCUUCUCGGCCUUUCUUUCCCCUUAAUCUAUACAAUGGACACUCUCACUAUGUUCUGCUGCACCGCCUCCCUCAUCGCCGGCGGCGUCUACUGGUUCAUGUGCAUUCUCGGUCCUGCCGAGCGGAAAGGCAAGAGCGCCGUCCACCUCUCCGCCGGCUCCAUCGACAAGGACAAUGUCCAGGACAAGUACAAGCAGUACUGGUCCUUUUUCCGACGCCCCAAGGAGAUCGAGACCGCCGACAAGGUCCCAGCCUUCGUCGACACCUUCUACAACCUCGUCACGGACAUUUACGAGUGGGGUUGGGGCCAAUCCUUCCACUUCUCCCCCUCCAUCCAGGGGAAAUCCCACCGCGACGCCACCCGAGUCCACGAAGAGAUGGCCGUCGAUCUGCUCGGAGUGAAGGCCGGCGACCGAAUCCUGGACGCCGGCUGCGGCGUGGGGGGUCCGAUGCGUGCCAUUGCCGCCCACUCCGGGGCCAGAGUCGUGGGCAUCACCAUCAACGAGUACCAGGUGAAGAGGGCCAGGAUCCACAACAAGAAAGCCGGGCUCGAAUCCCAGUGCGAGGUGGUGUGCGGCAAUUUCAUGGAGAUGCCCUUCCCGGACUCCAGCUUCGACGGCGCGUACUCGAUUGAGGCCACCUGCCACGCGCCCAAACUGGAGGACGUCUACAGGGAGAUCUACAGGGUCCUGAAACCCGGAUCCAUGUACGUUUCCUACGAAUGGGUCACGACCGAAUUGUACCGGCCCGAAAACCCGGAGCACGUGGAGAUUAUCCACGGGAUUGAGAGGGGCGACGCGCUGCCCGGACUGAGGAACCACAAGGACAUCGCCGAGGUUGCCAGGAGGGUGGGAUUUGAGGUGGUGGAAGAGAGGGAUCUGGCAAAGCCGCCGGCGGAGCCGUGGUGGACGAGGCUGAAGAUGGGGAGAAUAGCCUACUGGAGAAACCACAUUCUGGUGACCAUACUGGCGUGGAUUGGGAUUGCCCCAAAGGGCGUGGUCGACGUCCACGAGAUGCUCUUCGUCACUGCAGAUUAUUUGACCAGAGGGGGAGACACCGGAAUCUUCACUCCGAUGCAUAUGAUUCUCUGCAGAAAACCCGAGGAGGAGACUGCGCCUCCUCCCCGUUCCAAUUAGGAGCAGCUGCAUUGCAACCUGCAGGUGGAGGUUAAUUUCAACCUGUUAUCUUUUCUUCUUCUUCUUCUUCUUGGUUGUUGUCUAUGUUGAUCUUGUUUCUUUUUUCAUAUUUGGGUUUCUUGGAUUUAACUUGUGGGACUUGUGCUAUCAUCAUCAUCAUCAUCUCUCUGCCUUUGAAUUGUUUCUUAUCUCUUCAGUUCAGUGUUAGUUUAUGACUUUCUUGAAGAGUGAAAUCUAAAGGAGCAAUCUUUAGCUUUGCUUGCUGUUAUUCUUCUGUUUUCUACUAUCAUUAUGGAUAAAAAGAUUAUUUUUACGGUUCUUGCUGUCAUGGAUUUUAAGCCCUAUCUAUUUUGAUGUUUCUCAAGCUACUGGCUUUUCAAUUGUG